AUGAAUAAUCUUAAUAUUUAUACUGCAUGUGUACCAGAUCGCAUGCAUCAUAUUGAUCUUGGAUUAUUCAAGUAUAUGAUAGAAUAUACAUGCAAGAUGUUAAUUCAAGAAGUCAAGAAGGAUGUGAUUACUACUUUAGACAAAAGGAUUGCUUUAAUACCACGUUUUUCACAAUUAAUUACAUUUCCUCAAGGUCUUGGAACUUUGAAACUUUUUACAGCCAAUCAUUAUCGAAAUUUGAUGAAGAUUAUUAUAUUUGCAAUUGAUAAUUUGCAUUUAACAAAAAACAAAAACUUAAUAAACCUUUAUUUAAAGUUUAAUACUAUGUAUCAAAUAUCUCAGCUUGAAGAAUUCUCAGAAAGUGACUUACAAUCAUUUGAAAAUACAAUCAAGGAAUGGUCAAUUUUAUUUGUGGAUUUAUUUAUCAAUUAUUCACCAUCCAAAUUAUGUAUACCAAAAAUACACAGUUGGUGUUAUCAUAUAAUUCCUGCUAUUAAAUUAUAUGGAUCAAUUAAUGGAUUCACUACUGAAACAUUUGAGACUACACAUAAGUUUUUUGUAAAAAAUCCUUAUCGUCAGAGUAACAAACGAAAUAUACGUCCUCAAUUACUAGCAAAUAUACAAAGAAGAUCAAUUAUGGAUAUGUGCAACUAUAUUAAAACAAAUAUUGAUUACCCUUUACAUGAGAUUUCAAUUUUUUCAAAAAAAAUAUGGCAAUUUCAACUAAAUGAAAUGGAAUUUUUUUUUGAAAAAGUAAAAUUAACAUAUCAAGUUGAUGAAUAUUAUAUUGCAAUAGAAAAAUUUAGACCAUGUCUUAAUGUGUUUAUUAAAUCAUUAGAUGGCAAUGUAACUGAAGAUGAUUUACAUGAUUCGUUAGCUAUAGCAGAAACUUUUUCUUAUGUAAAAUUAAAUACGGGUGAAUAUGUUCAAGCUACACAUAGUUUUUACAAUGAAUUAUGGUUUUCAGAUAUAGCAAUUAUAAUGGAUGCUUCUGAACAUGGGGAUUAUCUUACUGAUAAUGGUAUAUGUUAUGGAAAGGAGCCAUUAAAUCUUGCACUUAUUCAAUGGUAUGACUUUGUUAAUUUAAAACAACCUUAUCUCUAUGAAUGUCUGUUAUUAAAAUGUUUACAAGAAUUUUUAUUUAUUCCAAUUGAAUCAAUUAAAGAAGUUGUGCAUAUUAUUCCUAGAUUUGAUAAAGAAAACCAAUAUUUU